GCUGCAGGUGAACGGGGAGGGACCUUAAAGCUGCGGGGCGGCGAGGCUGGGGCUGGCCGCGCCUCAGGCACCGCCGGACCCGGGAGCGGAGCAGCGCGGCGCGCCCGUCGCAUCCCGGGUGUCCUGCCGAGCCGUGCCAGGUAAAAGGACACAGAAAAGAAGAUGGACUGGGGAGCUCUGCAGGCCAUUUUAGGAGGCGUAAAUAAACACUCCACCAGUAUUGGGAAGAUAUGGCUCACAGUCCUGUUCAUCUUCCGUAUCAUGAUCCUGGUUGUGGCUGCAGAGAGAGUCUGGGGAGAUGAACAACAAGAUUUUGUCUGCAACACGCUUCAGCCUGGGUGCAGAAAUGUUUGCUACGAUCACUUUUUCCCCAUCUCUCACAUCAGACUCUGGGCUCUGCAGCUGAUCUUUGUUUCUACACCUGCACUGCUGGUGGCCAUGCAUGUAGCUUACAGGAGGCAUGAGAAGAAAAGGAGAUUCAGAAAUGGUGAGAAAAUCGAUAUUGAAGAGCUGAAAACUGAAAAGUUUCAUAUCCGGGGUCCCCUGUGGUGGACAUACACUGGCAGCAUCUUCUUCAGGAUUGUCUUUGAAGCCGUCUUCAUGUAUGUGUUCUAUUACAUGUAUGAUGGGUACCAGAUGCCUCGCCUGGUGAAGUGUGACGCAUGGCCUUGCCCCAACACAGUGGAUUGUUUUGUGUCUCGGCCCACUGAGAAAACCACAUUUACUAUCUUCAUGCUUGCUGUGUCUGCAAUCUGCAUGAUGUUGAAUCUGGCUGAGUUGUGUUACCUAGUGAUAAAAAUUUGCAUGAAAGAAUCCAGGAAAACAACAGUUUUAAAAUAAUUCUCCAUUUUCAAGAUUUCUUAGCUCCCUGUUUCCGUCAAACUUUCUUAGGUGUCAGAAAACAAUCAGCAAUAUUUUCACAGUCAAGGAAAAGGAUAAAAGUGAAUGUUCAUUCAUGUUUUAAAAAUUGUAGCUUCCCUGGGAAGCUGCCACUGAGGCAGGUUUUAAAGGUCGUGAGCUAAUUCAGUAUUUCUGCAUCCACAAAUAGAGAGAGCAGCCUUCUGACAGCAACUUUUCCCAAGUAUGCCUACUGCUGGGAUCCUGUUGUUGGCACAAAGUAACUUUUCAAAAAUUGUGAGUGGAAGGGCCCAGAGAAAGCUCUAGUGCCCAAAGGAGAGACAGGAAUCACACACUGUCAGCUUCAGAGGCAAGCCAAUAACAACAGGUUUGGGUCAAAAGUGGGAUUAAGGUUUUUCAGGGGGAACUUGCACCUUGUGAAAAGGAGUAAGACAAGGAGUUGAUUGUGUUUAUAGCAGAUGUCCUAUUCUCUCUCUUUAGUAUUCUGAAGAGCAAGGCAAGAGCCUAGGAACACAUGGCAAUACAUGCUGUCAGCUCUGCUGGGCACCACCAAAGGUUUUCAUCUUUUUAAUUCCUCAUGUACACUGAGGAGCAUCUGCUACAGGGUUGGGGGUGACCAGUCUCAACUGCCUGUGAAUGUCUUUAGGUCAGUGCUGCCUCCCUCCACUCACAGGGGCUGCAGCAGUGGGAGGAAUUAAGUUUGUUUUUUCAUUCUCUUGGUCAGGUGAAAAAGGGAUUGUCACCUUUGAGAAGGUAAGAGCAGUGCAACUGUCUUCCUCCUUCUCUUCUCCCCCAACACUUUGUGAAGAAUCUCAGUACAGUAGAUUUUAUUCAACAAAAAGUUUUUUUACCACCUGACUGUGCCUCCUUCAGCUGCAUGCCUUUAAAAGUGUUGGGUUUUUUUCAGCAGAAGGCAAGAAAAAUUGCCUUGUUUCAUUCUGUUAUCCAAAAGAAAUGCUUCAACUUACAGCAUGAUAUGUUGCAUCUACCAGUGCUCCUUCCAUCAGACCCUUUUUCCUAUCCAACCUGCACAGCUUUUCUUCAUAAAACCUUCUACCUCUCUGAGGUACCUUUCAAGUGAGUUCAUCAAACCACUCCUGAUCUCUUGAACAUUCCACAUUGUGAGACUGAAUCACCCUUCCUCUUCUUACAGUAGGUCUAACAGGAAUUACAGUUUGCAGAGCUAAAAUAGCAAAGGGACCCAAUCAGACAUGAGGAGGAACUUGGCAUUUUCCUUACAAUUCACAUUGCUGAGCUGUGAAUUGUGUGUUACUAACUUCAAGAACUAUGUGAGUCAGUCUGGUCUUGUUUCUCCAAAGCAGUCUCAAAACUUGUCUUAUGGCAGACACACCAGCACAUACAGCAACACAGUUUAUCUC